CAUAGUGUGUUAUUAAACCAUGGGGUUUCAACACAAAGCUCAUGAUUAAACAUAUACCCCUAUUUAUAACUUUAAGCCAUUUAAAGUCCCAACUUCAGCAAGUUUAAUCAGCUGGACCAAGACCGCUGUGUUGUAGUAGUUAAUAAUUUCAGAAAUUAUACACUGGUCAACUCAUGGACAAGCUAGAACUUCAGAGCUAGAAAUAUUGAAAAAGUUAAGGAUAUUGAAGUUUAGGCAAAAUGAAAAGACCACGUAGAAGCAUCCAGUCUUUGCAAGCAGAAGGAUAUAGUGUAAGGCUAGCUGAACCAGGAGAUUUCCAAGGCAUAUAUAACAUCAAUACUAAUGUAUAUUGGGGACUGGAUUAUCUUCCACACUAUUAUCAGCAGUUCCUUAAGCAGUCAAAUCGUGUCUGCGCUGUCUGUGUUAAACAGGAACAAAUUGUUUGCUUUGUAAUUCUGCAUUUGAUUGACAAUGGAGAGACCAUACUGAGUGAAGCUGGCAGGACACAUACUCUUCAUGAAGGCAAGAGUCUUCCUUAUUUCACCGGAGACUACAUAAGGAGGAUUAUCAAAGAGAAUUGGCCCAAGGUGAAACUAAUGAAGAAUGUAAAGAGGGAAACACUUGAGACUCUUGCGAAACUGGAAGAAGAUCCCUUUGUGAGAAUACUUCUCAGAACGCACUAUGUGAGCUACCAAGUCACCACAGAGACUCUAUCAAAUCUACUCCACACAAAUAGAAUCCCAAAUUGUCCUGCAGCUGACCAAAUUGGUAACAUUCUUCCAUUAACAAUGGAUGAAACUAAAGAUGUUCUGCAGAAUGGUACACAUUGGGAGCAUUUAUUUCCGACUGGCACAGUUAUCGUAAAUUGGGAGUGUUUCAAUGUGACAAAACUUGAUAAUAUCGGAGAGAUAAUUGAAAGGAUAAGCACAUGCUUUAUCAUGAAGUCUCAACAAAACAACAACAGAAUCCAAUCUUUAAGUUUUGGAACACAAUAUUCAACAAAAUAUGGGGAUGUGUAUGACAUUGAUUACUAUGGUGAUUUGGACAUCAAUUCUUUGAUUGGCCAGUUCCUUAGUCACAUGAUUCACCUAGAAAGGUCAAGCAAGGAAAGCAAAGUGUUCCCAGCAGUGCAUUUCCCAAGAGAAAUACCCCUGGAGGCUGCCAAAUAUGCCUUGGAUAAAGUAUUAACUGGGUUUGAAUAUGGCCGCUGGGGACAUGGUGGAUCUAUCGCUUCUGAAAAGGACGGUGAUCUCAACAUUCCAUUCUUGCCUUAUGGAUCUAGUUCACUUUAGACUUAGGGU